AGUAUCGUAUUGGAAACCAGAGUAGAUUGUUCGGAACUUGGCUCUGGGAUUUUUAAGUUUUUUUUUUCAAAAUAAUUUCACAUAAAAAAUAAAAUCAAUAAGUGCACAAACCAAAACAUAUUAAACAUAAUAUUGUAGACAGACUACGAGUAUUCAAAGCAACUUUUUUUUAAAGUUUUGAAGUUGGAAAUUUUAAGAAUAGAAAAAAUAAUGUUUUACUUUAGUGGAAUUUUUGUGAGAUACUGGCGGCCUGGAGCAUGCGUGAUAUUUUUCAUUUAAAUUUAUCAAUAUUAAAAGUGUUAAUAGUUACAUUGCGUGAAAUCUGUAUACUCUAGAGUUAAACAAAAAUACAACCCUGAUAGAAAAAUAAAAAAGUUCGACCUUUUACAAUAUUAGUAAAGUUCUUAAAGUAAUAUCGUAUCAUUGUAACCGCAAAAUCUGAACCUCUCCCCAAAAACAUAAAACAAAAUAACAAGAGCGGCGAAUACCAAGUGCAAGUUUCUAUAACGGCACGGCUUUGGGGGCGCGUCGGCGCGUGGGCUUUCGAUUUAUCCAAGUAUCACGUAACGCUUCAUUCAUCUAUUCAGUGGUCUUAUCACUGUUUAUCCUAAGAGAAAGGCCUAGUACCACAUUUGUUGAAACAGAAAAGUGUGUAAACAUUGCGUUCGUUAAAUAUUUCGAAAUUUUAAGUUUACGAUACGAGUGCUUAUAUGCAAAUAUAUUAAUAUAAUACAAAAAUAAUUUUGCCGACUGUUUGUGUUGUUUAAUUCUAAUUGGAUGCCAGGACAUUAAUAGAAAUUUAAACAAAACGGAUAAAUUUAAAAUAUGGUUGCAUUACAGGUUAUUUUCUAAGAGAACACAAAACACAAAAUGGUAGAAUCAUCAAGCCUAGGCCGACCGGCAACAAAUCCGCAGUAUACUGUCCCUCAUCACUCACCAUCGGGCUUACGCUGUGGAGUUCUCGAAACUCGCGUUAGGGGAUUAUGGUAUCGCGUCUUAGUAACGCUUCAAACCGACUUUCUCUCUAUAAGCCUAGAUGAGUCAUGUGAGUCAACUAUGGGGGAUCAUUCAACAACAUUAAACGGGACUUUGGGUAGUAACCAUAGCAGUCAUAACGGCACUUUGGCAAAAUCAACAACCGGCGGCUCAUCAGAAGAGAACAAUAUCGAUAAUGGGGAUCAUCUUUAUAAUAAUAACACUGCGGACAAUGGAAUGAAUGAAAUAUGUGAUGUGCCUGAUCAUGUGGCCAAUCAAAAGAGACAUGUGCGUAUCAUAAAAUCUGAUAAUAAUGGCUUAGGUAUAUCAAUAAAAGGCGGUCGAGAGAAUCGGAUGCCCAUUUUAAUAUCAAAAAUAUUUCGGGGUAUGGCUGCUGAUCAAGCCAAAGGACUUUACGUUGGUGAUGCGAUAUUAACAGUAAAUGGAGAGGAACUACGAGAUGCGACUCAUGACGAAGCUGUUCGAGCUCUUAAGCGAGCAGGACGUGUUGUAGACCUAGAAGUAAAAUUCCUUCGAGAAGUGACACCAUAUUUUCGAAAAGCCAGUAUAAUAUCUGAAGUUGGUUGGGAAUUGCAAAGAGCCUUUCUGUGUCCUUUGGGUUCUGGAAUGCCAACAUCACCACCAGCACCAAAAAGCCCACCGAGAGCUGACACACGUUACAUUCCUUUACAAUUGACGCAUUUGGCACGAAAUUUAAAAUACGUUGAUCCAGAAAAUCGCUGCAUAGAACUACACUCUCCUGACAGUAUCCAUUCAUGUAUCCUUCGGGCUGCCGACUCGCAGGAAGCACUUAUGUGGUUUAAUGCUCUUCAUUCAGCAAUGGCGUGUAGUACACAGAGAGCCUUAAAUGAUGCCAACCGAGCAUUACUCAAUGUUAUUGGUGAACUAAAACAUAUUGGCUGGUUAAGUCGACGAAUAGGAAGCAACUGCGAACAGAGUGGCAGAUCUAGUUCUGAAAGUUCUGACGAGAAUGAUAAAUGGCAACCGGUGUUUGUAGCAGUAACUGAAAGGGAAUUUAGAAUUUAUGAAGGUGCACCGUGGUCUGUCGAAGCAUGGAGUCGACCGCUGGAGUGCUGUACACUGGCUUCGACUCGCCUUGCAGGGGCUGGUAAUAAUUCAUCACUUAAUGGUCAACAGACUACAGUUUUCUGUGUACGUUGUGGAACUACUCGUGGUGUUCUAGUUUAUUGGUUAAGGUCAGAAACUCAUCGCGAUAUGGCAGCUUGGGCCCGCUCCUUAGUUCAGGGCAGCCACAAUGCAGUAAACUACCAACGAGAAUUUUCUUUUCGAUGUUUGUACCAAGGAAGGCAGAGUCAAUUAAUAGUUCAUUUAAAUAGAGGAUUUUCACUUCACGAAUGUGGUAUGAAUUCGCCAGCUACAACCAAGUCUCAGAUGUGGCAGUUUCCAUUCGAUAAAUUGAAAGGAUCAGCAGAUGACGGAAACAGACUACUCUAUCUAGAUUUUGGGGAUGAUGGUGAAAUAGAACUAGAUAUGGAGUGUUGCCCUAAACCAGUUGUUUUCGUUCUGCACAACUGCCUGUCUGCCAAAGUUCACUCUAUAACUUAGUUUUAAUAAUAUAAUGAUAAGUUUGCAUAUUUUUUUUAACAAACGUGUAUGUCAACUGCCAAGUGUAAUCCUUUAAACAGCAAAAAAAUAAAUUUAUUAUUUUAUUUGACAUUUGCUAAUAAGACAAAUAUUAAAAAUUUCCAGUUUUUAAAACCAAUUUUAUUUUACGCAAUACAUUUUGCAAUGUUUGCAAUUUCAAAGAAUAAAACAAAAUAUAUGUAUACUUAAAGCUAAGUUAUUGGUUUUCUCAAUUUUGAAAAUUUGCCAUCUUGGGAGUUGACAGAUUUACAUGUAUCUUAAAAAAAAUGUGUUCGUACAAUAUAAUUAUCUCUAUUAACUUCCCUACUUUAAAAUCUUAUUUUUCAUUCUGUGUAAUGAAUUUACGAUGUAAUUCUUAUAUUUUCUUAUAAUAAUGAACAUAUCUUUACUUGCAAGAAGUUGAUAACUUUGUAUCAUUAAAUAACACAAAAAACGAUGUAAUGUACUCAAGAAUAAAAUUUUAAGAGAUAUGCAAUGUGCAUUGGAAUAUU